AUGGCCACCAUCGAGCCACGGCUAAUGCACUUGCUGAACGACAGUAAGAGCAGUCAUGAUCCAAACGAACUUCCACCAUUACAGUCGUUCCCGAUCCCCAAGGGCUCAGCUGUGCACGUAUCGCUCCCAUCGCUCAGUCUAGAAAUUGACCAGCGUGACGAGCAAUUUGCCGUGAAGCUUCCGGCCGGACCGCCACUCCAUCAUAUACCUCCAUUCUCGACGUUAAAUUCCCUCGACGACAAUGCUUCGGCGCAACACAUACCGCCACUAUCUCUGGUUGAGUCAUAUGAGGACGCGCCCUCUUCCCAGCAGAUUCCACCUUUUUCGACUUUCGAAAGCCUCGACGAUGCGCCUCAUCGAUCGGGUCCCCCGACCAGACUCCCAAACCCCACCUACGUCUUUGAUGGACCAGCUCGAAUCCCACAAACAGCCAACCAGUCCAUACGCGCCCUCUUAGGAGAUUCCAGCCCUGUAGAGUCUUCAUCUCACUCGCUUCGCAAAAUACUCGACGACCUGCCGCCUGAGCUGGGUAUCCAUGAUGAUGCCACAACCAAGAAGCGGCACCGGGCUCUGGCCGGCAAGGAGGAUUUUGUGCAGCUUCCUCAGCCUCUGAAGAAACAGAAGUCGGCUCAGCAGGUGAUGCCACCUAUAAUUAAUGGCCUUCACGAACCACCACCUAACGCGGCUGUGUUUCCUCCAAUUUCUUCGGUCGAGUUCAGAAAUGGGGACCAUUCGCUGAGCUUGAGACCGCUUAAAGACCUGGGUCACAUUCCAGAAGACAGGCACGCACCGGCCACGCCGAUUGAAGAUAAGACAGCACAACCAGCUGUCAAAACCAGACGCAGGACCAAGCCCAGACGGAAGUGGACAGAGGAGGAGACGAAUCAUCUACUGAUUGGAGUUAGUCGGCAUGGGGUUGGGAAGUGGACUAGUAUUUUGGAGGAUCCCGAUUUUCAGUUCAAUGACAGGACUGCCGGUGAUCUCAAGGACCGUUUCCGCACUUGCUGUCCCGAUGAGCUGAGGGGUCAGAUUAAUGCUGGUGGUGGCGCAAGCAAGGGAAGGGCUUCUCAGGCAACUACCACUUCGCCUACUUAUUCGACCGACACUCAAGCGAGAACCAAGCGGACACUAAUGCUUGAGAAUAUCCUCAUUGGGAAUGAUUCUCAGCCAGAACACGAUCCUUCAAAUAUGAGUCCUGCAAACGCCAUCGCAGCCAGCACCAGCACCUCACCUGUCUCGUCGUCAUCCCAGCCCCAACCUAAAGCAUCUGGAGAUACAUCUCAGAAACCCCGAAAGAGUCGAGCUCACCGAAAAAAGCUUGAGGAUCUUGCUGAGCUCGGAAUCAGCGGUCCAUUCAAAAAGUCACACCGGCGGGAGCGCAGGCCCUUCACCGAACAAGACGACAAGGAAAUAUUGGAAGGCAUUCAUCGUUAUGGCCCAGCUUGGACCAAAAUACAAAGAGACGAGGCCUUCAAUUUGUCAAGCCGUCAGCCAACAGAUCUCCGGGACCGUGUGCGCAACAAAUAUCCAGAUAUCUACGCCAAGAUAGAGAAGGGGGCGUUUCAGAUCAUCAAGGAGCCAAACAACAGCCAUCGUAACAAUCUCAUGGAGCCCAUGGUGAACACGACCAUUGAGAAUUCGCUCACUUUGGUGAACAAGCCUGGAGGGUCAUCUUUAGAAGCUCAGCUGAACCGCACAGGUUCCAAGGAAAACCUCCCCAAGUGGUCGUUACAGCACUAUGCCCACGACAUGUCAGAGGCGAGCACAAUGGGCCACCAUGACCAACAAGGAUCCUCACUGCCUGGAAAUUCCGGGGAAAUGGAUAUUUCUAGGCUGCUUCUGGACGACACGCGAAAAUGA